AUGAGGGGGGGGGGGGGGAAAUACAUUGGGACAUGGGCUGCAACAGGCUUCUCGCUGCUCACUCCCUUCCCCUCGCGCCUUCUCGCUGCGCACUCCCUUCCCCUCGUACCUUCUCGCUGCUCACUCCCUUCCCCUCGUACCUUCUCGCUGCUCACUCCCUUCCCCUCGUACCUUCUCGCUGCUCACUCCCUUCCCCUCGUACCUUCUCGCUGCUCACUCCCUUCCCCUCGUACCUUCUCGCUGCUCACUCCCUUCCCCUUGCGCGAAUCUGGAUGCUUGCUUCUGCUCACCGCCACCUCUAUCGCUGCUCAAUCCCGUGCGCACCUACCCGCGCCUAUCUCGCUGCUCACCACCCUUCGCGCCUUGUGCUGUUCCCACACCCCUCUCCCGAGCGCCCGUGCCUUUCUCGCCGCUAAUCCUCGUUCAAACCUCGCGCUCGCGUUACGCACUCCCCUUGUGACUACGCAGUACCGUCCGCACUACGCACUCCUCUCCGCGCUAAGCCCUCAUCUCCUCUCCGCACUAUGCAAUACCGUCCGGGUUCUUUUGGGGACAGUGUUACCCUGUUUCCAAGUGAUAAACCUUUGCCUCUCGCUUGAGGCUGGGGGGCAGCAGGAGCUGCAGGCUGGGGGGCAGCAGGAGCUGCAGGCUGAGGGGCAGCAGGAGCUGGCCGGAGGGCAGCAGGCGUUGGAGGCGGAGAUGGAAGUGGAGCAGGAGGUCAGGGAGCAGCGGGAGCUGCAGGCCGGGGAGCAGCAGAAGCUGCAGGUGGGGGAACAGCAGGAGCUGCAGGUGGGGGAGCAGCAGGAGCUGCAGGUGGGGGAACAGCGGGAGCUGCAGGCCGGGGAGCAGCAGAAGCUGCAGGUGGGGGAACAGCAGGAGCUGCAGGCCGGGGGGCAGCGGGAGCUGCAGGCUGGGGGGCAGCAGGAGCUGCAGGCUGGGGGGCUGCAGGGGCUGGCCGGAGGGCAGCAGGAGCUGGAGGCGGAGAUGGAAGUGGAGCAGGAGGUCGGGGAGCAGCAGGAGCUGCAGGCUGGGGGGCAGCAGGAGCUGCAGGAACGGGACGUGGAGAUGGGGGAGCCACAAGAGGAGCGUACAACAGGGAUUGCCGACGAGUGA